UCCGAUCACAGCAAGCCCUGGUCCGGGAUUGGAGCGGGAGAAUGACGUGUGGGGGACACACGGUUGGAAGUCCACCGCGAGAGGCGCGGGGCAACUUUCUCAGGGGAGUUGAGACAGUGGGGUAGCUUUGACCCAGGAACUCCGAAUUACAUCAACCCAAAUUUCUCCCGGGAUCUAUGUGACGAGCUCGCUCCAUUGGGCAGCAUGUGUCCAUUCCUCGUCUCUUAACUGAUUGCUCGCAUUGCCCGUUCGGGCCAUUCCGGCCGUUCAGGACAAUUGCGUCUUUAGGGUUCUGGUUGCCGCUGGACAGUUGGUUCACGUAUCUAUAAAUCCCGAGGCUCCCGUCCACUCGUUUCCUCGCUCCCCCGUUUUGACCUCGUGCUCUUCAUCUUUACCUGCCUGUCUUCUCACUUGAGCUUCAACUCCACGUAGCGAAAUACUACAGAAUGUCUCGUUUCCUGGAAGGCAAGCUCGGAAUUGUGACUGGCGCCUCUCGAGGUAUUGGCGUCGCCGUCGCUGAGAACCUUGCCGCAAAGGGCUGCAACCUCGUCCUGGGCUACACUUCCCCCUCCUCCAAGACCCCCGCCGACAAGCUCGCCGUAGACCUCCAGACAAAGCACAACAUCCAGGUUCUCGCCGUCCAGGCUGACAUGGGCACCAUUGAGGGUCCCAAGUCUCUCGUUGCGACUGCGAAGUCCCACUUCGAGAAGCUCAACAACGGCAAAUUCCAGGUUGACGUGCUCGUCAACAACGCUGGCGUCGCCCUUAACAACCCGCUGCCGAACGUCACGGUCGAGCAGUUCGACAUCACUUACCGCGUAAACGUCCUCGGCCCGCUGCUUCUCGUCCAGGCCGUCCAGCCUUACCUACCCACCGACCGUAGCGGCCGCAUCGUCAAUAUGUCGUCCGUCAGCGCGUCGAUCGGCCUCCCAGGGCAGACCGUCUACGGCGGCACAAAGGCCGCCCUCGAUGCCAUGACCCGCACCUGGGCCCGCGAGCUCAGCGAGAACGCCACCGUUAACGCCAUCAACCCGGGCCCCGUGCUGACCGAUAUGUACGGCGGCACUACGCCCGAGUUCAAGCGCUUCCUCAAGAGCUACAUCGAGCACACCCCGCUGAUGAAGGCGCGCAAGGGCGUCGACUCGGACGAGCUCGUCAAUGCGGCCAGGGAGGAUGGCGGCCGGCCGGCGUACGUCGAGGAGAUUGCCGGUAUCGUGGGCAUGCUUGUCUCGCCCGAGUCGGCGUGGUGUACAGGGCAGGUUGUUUGUGCUAAUGGCGGUAUGGUGCUCGGCAUGCAGUGAUUAGUGGUUGGGGAUGAUAUGAAUGAUGUGCAUAUGACGGCUCGUUAUGAGAUCGACCAAGAAAUCUUAUUUCCUAUAUUCGUUUGCAUAAUGUAACCGAGAAUUCUGAGCUUUGAUGAUUAUCAAUGGGGAUAAAACAAAAUAUCAUUUUUAAAUUGAAGGCUGGUACCGGUUGGCCCUUUGUCGUCAAGUGUGAAGGUCGGUUUGUAGAAUAUCAC